AUGUCUUUCUCUGCAAUGAGAUAUGUGUGUGUGUGUUAUAUUUCUUUUUUUUCGGGUUCGUUUAUUGAAUGUCAAUUUGUGAAUGGAAUUUCAUUAAAUUCAUAUUUUUGACAUUCCAUAAAUUCCAAGAGAAAAAUUUUGUUUUUUGGGCCCCCUUUUCGUUUAUUUGAAAAUUUGUUGAAUGACAACAUAGGUCAACGAAAAAUUAUUAUUAUUUUUUCAAUGAAUUCAACGAUAAUGAUUAUGGAGCCAACGAUGGUUACUAAUCCUAAUCCAAAUACAUUUGGUAUUGAAGAUGUUGUUGCUGUUAAUCUUGAAUGUUUUGGUCUUAUUAUACUUGGAUAUUUUGCCAGAAAAUUUCACCUUAUUGAACCGGGACAAACAGCCGGAUUGAAUGUAUUUUUAUCAUAUUAUGCAUUACCAGCAUUGGUAUUUUUAGCCAUUUCAACAAUAUCGUUGACCGAUGUUAAUGGAACAUUUGUUCAAGAUAUUUUCAUAUCGAAAACAUUGAUUUUUUUGGCUGUAGCUAUUGUAACAUUUAUUUUAUCAUAUAAAUCAAUGAAUCUAACUGAUGCUAUUCGUCGUUCAGCAAUGUUUGCAAUGUUUACAACACAAAGUAAUGAUUUUGCACUUGGUUAUCCAAUUCUUCAAUCAUUAUAUGGUCAAACGAAAACAUCAUUCACCGAUUAUCUUUAUAUUUUGGCACCAAUUCAAUUACUUAUACUAAAUCCUAUUGCAUUAUUUUCAAUUGAAAUUAGUCAAAUUCUGGAUGAACAACAACAACCAUCAUCAUCAAACAAUGAUCGAAGAUAUCUAAAAUAUAUUCAUACUUUGAAACGAAUUUUGAAAAGAAUUUUCAUCAAUCCAAUAAUUUUAUCAACAAUAUUGGGUAUUAUUGUCAAUUUGAUUACCGCGAAUGAAAUGCCAAAAGUUUUUAUACCAUUUUUGAAAAGUUUAUCACAGUCAUUUUCUCCAAUUGCAUUGUUUUUACUUGGUCUGAAUAUUAAUAUUGGUAAUGGUGGUCAUCAAAAACAUCGUUCAUUAAAAUUAUUUUCACAACCAUUAUUAAUAACAUUUAUAUUGGUCGCUAUCAAAUUGUUAAUAAUGCCAUUAUUGAAUCGAUCGAUUGUACAACAUGUUCCAUUAUUGUUUGGUCAUUAUCACCAUCAACAAGUAUUGAAUGAAACAUUUUCUGAAUUUGCAUUUCUUUAUGGAACAUUUCCAGCUGCACCAACCGUAUAUAUUUUAUCCAAUAUUUAUAAUAUUGAAACAUUAAUAAUUUCAGCCGGUUUAGUAAUAUCAACAUUAUUAUCGGCACCUAUAAUUUUUGUUUCAACAAAUAUGAUUAGAUUUUCUAAACAAAUUGAUUAUAAUCAAUUGAAUAAUGAUUUGAUGCAAACUAUAUUUGCAGCAAGUAUUAUUAGUUUGAUUGGUUCAUUAUUAUUAUUAUAUAAUUUUUAUCUAACAUUUCGUUUACGAUCAAUUAUUCAUCGUUGGUCAUUUAAAUUACUUAUUGGUCAUAUAAUGAUUAUUUUGGCUGGAAUUUUAUUUCGUUUCAAUAUUGUCCAUAAUGAAGAUAUGAUGAUGCCAAUAACAACAACAACGACAAUAUCUGUCUUUCAAUAUUUUCUAUUUCAAAUUGGUUUUUUUAUAAUGAAAUUAUCAUUAAUAUUUUUAUCAAUAUUAUUAGUUUUUCUUUAUGCAAAAAGUUUAUGUUUUGUAAUCAAAAUAUCCAGAAUGUUUACAAUGAUAAUGUUAAUUAUUCUGCCCAUUUUUAUUGUUAUGAUAACUAUUACUUUUGGUAAAACAAAAAAUAUUGCCGAUCCUAAUGAUGGUUAUCUAAUUAAUCUUUAUUAUGGAAUUAAUCGUGGCCAUUUAUUCCUGUCAUGUAUAAUGUCAUUUUUAACCAUUUUAACAGCAUUAAUAUCAUUUAUAUUGAUUCAUCAUUUUAAAAAUAUUGUUCAACAUGAACGACAACAAUUAAUUGAUGAUAAUAAUGUUGUGGAUAAUGACACUAUGGCUAAUGUUGAUGAUCAAUCAAAUCCAAUAAUGAUUCGACCACCACCUAGUAGAUUGGCUAAUCAACAACAACAACAAUCAUCAUCAUCGUUUGAUGUUGAAGAUUUAUAUCAGAAUUUAGUUGGAACAAGUCGUACAAAUCUUAUGAUAAACAAUGAUAAUGAUGAUGAUGAUGAUGAUUUUUAUAAAGAACGUUGUAAUAUGAAUUGUCAUUCACAAUGUACAAAUCAUCAACAACAACAAACUUUGACACAAAAUUCUUCAACAACGAAAAAAGAUUGUACCGAUUAUUUAAUCAAAUAUAAACAACAAAUUGAAAUGGCCAUUGAAGCUAAUGAACAUGAACGAAAUGAUGAUCAUGAUUCGUUGCCAUUUUUUAGUGAAUUUCAUCAAAUACAACAGCAUUUAUAUUUAGUAAUGUUAUCAUUAUUAAUAAUUAUUAUACAUUCAAGUAUUGAAACAAGUCAUUUGAUUGCUGAUAAACCAAAUGGAAUAUUGAUUGAAAUGAAAUUUUUAGAUAUUUUAUUUGUAUUUUUACAUGGUUUUAUAAUGUUUAUAUUGUUUGGUUUGGAUGCUGAAAUUAUUUUGACAAAAUUUCAUUCCAUUUGUAAAAUGGUUUUUGGUUCAAGUCAAUCAUUACAAGAAAUUUAUCUUCCACCAAUGGAAAAUCUUAAUCGUGAUGCAAAAGAAUUUUGUCGCCGUUUUUGUCGUGAUUAUCGUGAACAAUGUAUCAAAGAUAUUACAUUUCGUCUUUCAAAUGGUCAUAAUAAUACUGAUGAUAAUGAUUCAAGACAAAAAUUAUAUUUCUGUGGUCGACAAUUAGUUGAUUGGUUAAUGACAGAACGAUUGGUUCAAGAACGUUCCGAAGCUAUUGAUCGUUGUCAUCAACUUUUAUAUGGACGUGUUAUUGAUAGUCGUAAUAAUAAACCAUUAGAUCUUGGUCUUUCAUUACGUUUGGCAAAUGUUUCAUUGAAUAGUGAAUUGUAUUUGAAAUUUGAUCCGGAAAAAUCUCAACAAAAAAAUCUAACAAUUUUAAUACAAUAUUCGGAUAAAUUAAGAAAAAUUGGUGAAUUUCAACCCGAUCAAACAUUAUGGCAAUUUGAUGGUCGUACUGUUUUGGAACAAACCCGUUUAAAAACAUUAGGUCUUCAAGGACGAGUUAGUUUACGUUUGAAUUGUCGACCAGCUAGUGAUGUUCAACCUAGACAAAAAUUUGUUGAAAAUAUUCAAUUUAAAAAAAUUGAUAAAGAAGAAGAUAUUGUUAAAGUUGUUGCUGUUGAUGAUGUGAAAUUACCACCACAACAACAUUCUUUGCCGCUAUCUAAUGAACAACCGAAAACGACAGACGAAGAAGACAAAAAGUCAAUUCCGGAUCCAAUUAUACCUGUAGAAUCCAGUAAAAAACAUAAGCUUAACGAAUUGGAAAAGGAAAAAGAAAAUCCAAUAGCAUCACCAACGAUUGAUAAUAAAAAAUUGGAAAUCAAUUUUUUGCCAAAUGGUGAAAACGAUGAACUACUUUAUUCAUUGGAUGAACAAAUUGAUUUUGUUGAAGAAGAUUUACCGCCAGAAUUUUUUGAACAUACUGCCAGUGAUCUAAAACAUUUAUUGGCCGAAUUACGACGACAACGAUCAAAUGAUGAUCAAGCAUUGGAAACAAAACAAUUACGCGCAAAUCGUGAACAACAAAAACGUCAACAAUUCAAACAGACAAUUUUACGAAUCAUUUUUCCAUAUGAUCGAUUGGUUAUGCAAGCUAUUUUCAAACCAAAUGAUUCUAUUGAAUUGAUAGCCAAAGUAAUUGAUAAAUAUAUUCAUCAUCAUUCGAAUAUUAAUUUAUUUGUUGCACCACCUAAAACAAUAUUGGAUCGACAAUCAAAUUUAUUUGAUUUAAAAUUAGUUCCAUGUGGUAUUAUCUAUUGUACACCUUUGAAUGAUAAACAACCAUUGAUUCGUGAUGAAUUUCGAAAUUGUUUGACAACAUUCUCGAAUGUAGUCAUUCAUGCUUUGAAUAAAAUGAAAAAAGAU